GACGGCGGACAUAUUGCCUCCGCUACCUAAUUUCUUUUUCAGUUUUUGAAAAUAAAUCAACUAAUUAUAUAAUUAAUUUUUUUAACAAGAUUAAAUAAUUUUAACCUAAUUUUUAUUUUAAAAAAUUGUUAAAGUUGUUGCCAUUUUAUUUUUUUAUUUUUUUUAUAGUAAAUGAGUCCAAGCGGGCAAUUAAUUGAAAGGUCUCUACUCUAGCCAAACUCACCACGCACAAACAAGCACAAGCUUGCGCGCCACACAUACAGACAUCGCCAGUUUCUGUCUCUCGCUCUUCCGUUUCUCAAUUCCUCUUGACAGUCUUUUUUAUCUCUUGUGGAAGUCCAUGGUGGUUAAACGGUUAAAAUGAAUUCCAACGCAUCAUCAUCUACACAUCCUCUGCCUCUGCCGCCGCCGCAAUCCAUGGCCACCACGUCAUCAGCCGCUACAACAUCAACGACGGCCACUGACGGCGGUGGCAAGAAGAUCAGGAAACCCUAUACCAUCACCAAGUCUAGAGAGAGCUGGACUGAAGAAGAACACGACAAGUUCCUCGAAGCUCUUCAACUGUUUGACCGCGACUGGAAAAAGAUUGAAGAUUUUGUGGGUUCUAAAACAGUUAUCCAGAUUCGGAGUCAUGCUCAGAAAUACUUCUUGAAGGUCCAGAAGAAUGGGACAAUAGCCCAUGUUCCUCCACCUCGACCUAAACGCAAGGCUGCUCAUCCUUAUCCGCAAAAAGCAUCAAAAAAUGUUUUAGUACCCCUGCAGGCAUCUAUGGCUUAUCCAACAGUAAAUACCCUUGCAGCUGGAUAUCCACCAUGGGAUGAUACUUCCAUUCUGGUAAACACAACACCAAGCAAAAUUAUGUCACCACAAGAAGAUUUUACCAAUUUACCUGGAGCUGAAGCUGAUAUUGGAUCAAAGGGCGUAUUGAGGAUGGGUACCAGUUCUGUUAGUGGCAUUGGAAGUUCAAGUAGAACACUGACCAGUUCAGAGAUACCAAAGCAGGGGAAACAGGUUCCUAUGCUUCAUGGUAUACCAGACUUUGCUGAAGUGUAUAGCUUCAUAGGGAGUGUCUUCGACCCAGACACCAAAGGCCAUGUGCAAAAGCUCAAGGAAAUGGAUCCGAUAAAUUUUGAAACAGUUUUAUUAUUGAUGAGGAACCUCAGUGUUAACUUGUCUAGCCCUGAUUCUGAGCCAAUUAGGAAGGUCAUGUCAUCGUAUGACACCAAUUCUAAAACAGUGGGGAUUGUUGGUGGGAUUGUUGCGACCAACCAAACGAGUGAUAUAUCAUGUUGAACUAUUAUUUCUUACAAUUAGCUGACUAGUAUGUUAUUUCUGUUAGUUUUCUCCUCAUCUCAUUUCUUGUUUCCUAAAAUUAUACCUCUAUUCUCCUUAUAAUUUUCCUCCUCACCUCAAAUCCGAUUUCUUCACAAUCAUCAUCGAUGAAAAUAUUUAAGAGUGCCUAAUGUAAUUGUUCUUGUUUUGUGGAUGUUGGAAGAUUGCAUAUUUAGGGAGAAACCAUUGCUUCAAUAGGCAGGAGAGAUUGUGAAUGAUGUUGAGUGCAAAUAGCUAGUGAUUUUGAAGGUCUAAAUCUGAGUGACCACUUACCUUAGUGGGAAUGGUUGUUAUUUGAAGCAAUCAAAGUGUUUAUAUCUUGUCAUAUGUAUUUAAAUGCUCAUCUUUAAGCUAAUGACUUUCUUCAAGUAGAUGGGUACUUGUAAAUAGUUGCCAAAUUUGCCUGGUAAAGCAAAAAUACCAGAAUUUGAGUGAUAUAUGUUUAUUGUAGUUAAGUAUGGUUUGACAGGCUUGUAAACUUGUGUACCUCUUGUUAAUCAUUAAAGCUUCAUCGCUCCUUUCUUUA